UCGCCGUGUGUAAUAGACCUUGCAGAGUUUCUCAGCACUGCGUGAAUCUGAAAAUGGACGACAUUCAUGUGGAUGUUGCAGUUAUUGGCGCUGGCAUCAGUGGGCUAAGUGCUGCCUGUUUACUCAAGAAGAGUGGACUGAGUGUUGCUGUCCUCGAAGCCCGGGAUCGCGUCGGAGGACGGACCUACACAGUCAAGCACCCAACUCAUGGCUCUGUUGAUGUGGGCGGCGCCUACUUUGGACCCACCCAGAACAGAGUGUUCAGGCUCAUCAAGGAACUUGGACUAGAAGUCUACAAUGUCAAUGAAGAGUACAGGACUGUCCUGUAUAUUCAUGGUUCCUGGUCAGCCUACAAAGGAAGACUACCAUGUCUGAGAAAUCCUUUUAGCUACCUGGAUCAAAAUAAUGCAAUCAGAACCAUUGACAAAAUGGCUGCACAGGUGCCCCUAGGUGCACCCUGGAAGGCAGCCAAGGCUAAGGAGUGGGACUCAAUUACUGUACAGGAGUUCAUCGACUCUAUUUGCUGGACCAGGGAAGUGAAACGAAUAAUGAAGAUAUUCAUCAACACCCUAUUUUCAUCUGAGGGCCAUCAGUUGUCCCUUCUGUACUUCCUUCAAUAUAUCCACGGUGGACAAAAUUUCAACAGGGUGUCUCUCAUCACUAAUGGAGCACAGGAGAAGAAGGUUGUUGGAGGGACCCAGCAGUUGUCUGAGGGGAUGAGUGACUGGCUUGGUGCCGAUGUUCAUCUCAGCUCCCCCGUCACCAGCGUCACACAGGAUGAUGCAGGAGCAAUUGUCCACACCGUUGAUGGGAAAGUCGUCAAGUGUACAUACGUGAUCAGCGCCAUGCCACUCACGCUGCUAUCCAGAGUGCGCUUCUCCCCUCCACUACCUGGUCUCAAGGCCCAGUUGAUACAGCGAGUCCCCAUGGGCUCCGUCAUCAAGACUAACUUGUUCUACAGCACCCCGUUCUGGAGAGAGCUAGAUCUGAGUGGAAUAGCUAUGAGUGACACAGGGCCAUCUUCGACAUGUUUUGAUGACACAAAGCCAGACGGCUCCCAUCCUUCGAUCAUGGCCUUCAUCCUGGCUGACCAGUGUCGCAGCCUCAGUCAACUUACAAAGGAAGAGAGACAACAGAAGCUGUGUCAGCAAUUUGCAGAUAUAUUCAAAUGCAAAAAGUUUUGGGAGCCUGUGGGGUAUGUGGAGAAGAACUGGAUGGAAGCUGAAUAUUCUGGGGGAUGCUGCUACGGUCGCACUUCCACCUGGAGUACUGACACAGUAUGGAAGGGAAAUCAGGAAGCCACACCAUCGUCUGUAUUUUGCUGGGACAGAAACAGCUACAGAAUGGAUGGGAUACAUGGAUGGAGCGAUCCAGGCUGGGGAAAGGGCAGCCAGAGAGGUGUUAUUUGCUGAGGGUAAGAUUAAAGAAUCAGAGAUUAUGCAAGAUGAACCAGAAUCAGAAGACUUCCCUGCCAGGCCCCUCCCGACUUCAUGGGUAGAGCAGAUCAUGCCAUCUGUGACUGCCAUGGUUGCCAGUUUAGUGCUGGCUGGCUGUGUUGCAGUUGUGGCAGUCAUUUUCAAUAUGCUGGGAUAGUGCCUUGUUUGCAUGUUAAAGGCCACCCUAAGGAAUAUUCCAGCUAUAUGACAGUGACAGGCAAUCCAGUGAUUGACAUUAUGACAUUAACUGUGCAUUUUGGAUACAAUGACAUGUUUGCUAAAGGUUAGUUCUAAGUGUUAUAGGCUUAAUGGAGGAUUUGGCUAUCAUAUUGUAGAGGGUGUGAUAGGGCUUUCUGAGGACAGGCAAUCACUCCGCAGAUGCUUGGAUAGGGGUCAGUAGUGGCAGGCUAUUAAACUGCAUAUAUGCUGUGAUAUUCUACCUCAUCCCCCUUCAAAAGAAUUAAUAAGAAAAACUAUUAUGAGUAACUGAAGAAAUGUUAUUAAUUGCUCCUCGUGUACCACAUCUACAUGUUUUCAUCCAUUCAUUGAUCACCUAUCCAUCAUCUGUUAGCACUAAAAGCUAGAGCUGCACAGUAUUACCUGUAUACCAGGAAACUGCAGUACAAAAUUGUAACAAUUACGUACAGCGAUACGUUAUGAUAUACCAGUUUACUGACAAAGAUUUCUUUGUUCAAUUUAAACUCACAUAAAACUGAUCUUGUUCAUCCUUUUACCAAAGCUGCAUUGUCAUUGUGACGGAUCUGCGCAAACAUACCUUCAGUGUAACGUAA